GUCAUUGGUAUCUCACAGCCCACCUUUUCCAGAUAUUUGAUGCAGGUGAGUCUAAAAAUACAUAGGCGGUUAUGUCUAAGUGUUGCUUCUGUAAGUUCAAACAACACAGUAUUGUAGAGAAUACCUAACAUGACACUCACCUUAGCUUCUUUAAUGUCCACUCAGGUUUUGGAUGUGUUGGAGCCACACAUUAAUGCCUCAAUCUGCUUCCCUACCGAGGAGUCGGAGUGGAGUGCUGUCAGGGUAGCUUUCUAUGAGCUUGCUGGCAUGCCCAAUGUGCUGGGGGCCAUAGAUUGCACACACGUUCAGCUGAGAUCACCUAAGGGCCGCCAAUAUAUAUAUACUAAUAGACAUCUGUCCCAAUCAACUAAUGUCCAGGUGGUCUGUGAUGCAAACUUAAAAAUUAUGAGUGUUGUUGCAGGUUACCCUGGUGGCUGCCAUGACUCCUUCAUCCUCAGUCAGUCAUCGCUCUUCGAUAAAUUUGAGGCCGGAGAAAUGCCUGAUGGCUGGCUGUUGGGUGAUGGGGGUUACGGCUGCUACUCUUGGCUCCUUACUCCAUUGUCCCAACCUGAUUCUCCUGCUGAACACAGUUACAAUCAUGCACAUAAGGCUACGCGGAAUGUGAUAGAAAGAUGUUUUGGUGUGCUGAAGUCACGGUUUCGGUGUCUGGAUAAAUCUGCUGGCCUUUUGUUGUAUAGUCCCUCAAAGAUAACUGAGGGGAUCGGGGCUCAUCACUCUGCGAACUCGCCAAUAGUGCCAGUGGUGGCUGGGGUGACACUGCCGAAAGUCGUCGCCUGGGUGGGGAUGAUGGAGCCGCAGAUUCCGAGCCAAGACGCCGUGUCUUACUUGGCCUCCUGGAAUAUGUGACUACACUGAAGUCUUACCUGCAAUCCCAGCCUCAUCCUGACUUGUCUGAGGCCUGUCUGGCCGGCUGGUCUGUGGGAC